GGGACGGGACGGCGCGGGACCGGAGUCACCGGAGUCACUGCAGUCGCUCCGGUUCCGGACUCGGCUCUGGACGGAACCGGGGGCCUAGCAUAGCGAGCGAGCGAGCGAGCGAGCGAAAGCGAAAGCGAACACCAGACAAAGCGGGCAUGGCUGGUCGUGAACUGCGGCAUCGCUAGGCGACAACGAGCGCCCGUCGUAUCCCUGACCGCCACCUUAGCUGGCCUCUCCUGGGCCUACUCCUCCUCUUGCAGCUCCUGGUACCCCUGUACUGUACUCGUUCGGGGUCUGCUGUCUGUGGGCGUUUGUGGGUGUGUGGCGAAGGGCGAGGGAGUCCCCGGGAGGAACGUCCUGCUCGACGAGGUCCGAUCGCACCCAAGCGAGCAAAUCAGAGCCCCAGUCGAGCCGGACCUACACUCCUGAACAUCCGAACUGCACCGGUGAGAUAGAGGGGCGGAUUGCUGCAGGAGGAAAAGAGGACAGGGUGGCGCUCGGUGACAUGAAGUGACUGAAUUGGUGCGCAGGGAUGUAGAUGUUUGAGGUGUGGAGGGGGCUGCUGCUGAUGCUGGAGGAGGAGGAGAGGAGGGAGGGAAUGUGGUUUUGGGCGGGGCGGGGAUUGGGAUUGGGAUUGGGAUCUCCAUGAGAGGAGAGGAGGGAGUGAGUUUGUCGUUAGUCGUAUCUGGCACUGCGAGCGGGGAGAGGGUGCGGGCCCGGAUCCGGGGAAGAAUUUGUUGGGGAAGUACUUUUUGCGGUGUGGUUGAAGGAGGUGUCACUUUCUGUCCAUUAGAUCUCUCCCCCUCCUCUCUGUCCACUUGACCAACAAGGAAAGCGAGGCUGCGAGGGACGAGGUUCUCCGGUCCCAUUCUCGUAGAGCUUUUGUUGCAGCGUGCCUCUGGCCAUAGCAUUCCCUGUCUCCCCCCCACCACCUCCACUCCACUGUCGUGGGUCCCCGCGAGCACACGCAAUUCAUACACCACCGGCGCCCCUUUCCGUUCGUCUUCCGUUCUCGCGCUCAUCUGCCCCUGCCAUUGCUGCCAGCUCCGCCCCGUCGUCCCUCGGACAUCUGAAAUUCUCUGUCUCUGUCUCUCUUUUUCUUCUCUGUGUUUGUGCCCACUUCGCAUGUAGGAAGAAGGAGACGCUUCUUCCCCAACUCCACGAGAGGGUCGCUCGCGGCCCAGCGCCAGCAGGAGAAGGAAGGAAGGAAGGAAGGAAGGAAGGAAGGAAGGAGAGGACAUGAUCCGAGCGAGAAGAGCAGCUGCGACUUCUCUUGAGCAAUUUUUGAAUGCGGGAGGUCGCUAAGCCGAAGAUGAGCGAGAUUGGGUGAGGGGUCAAAAGUAGCUCCGGCGGCAGUGAUGAUGUCAAUGUAGUGGACGAGGCAGCGACUAGGUCGUGCCGCGUAGACGGGACGGUUGGCCCUGUAUCAGGAGAUUUAUGAGGAAGUGGAACAAGUACCUCGUCGAGCGUUUUAUUAACACAUUUAUAUGCCUACCUUGGGAAGAAGGCUCGUGGGUGAUCCGCCAAAGCAGAAGCGGAGUCUGAACAUUAAUUUCCAUAAACUUCUGCGGGAACACUGUUUGGGAUCAAGCGGCUCAACUUCGGGCUCCCCCAGAGCGGCCCUCUGACAGAGUCAUGUCCUCGGAGUGAUCGUUCGCAGGCUUGGCCAGCGAACUUCGACCCUCUGGACUCGAGGACGACGCAGGGCUCGGGAAGCGGGGAUUGGACGCGCAGGGCAGACCUUUUCGCAUUCUGUGGAGCCGGGUAUUCGCCGUGCAGAAUACGUGGGGUGUGUACAGCUGCAGGCCCCAUAGCUUGCGAAAGUGAUAGUAGUCGUCGGUGAAGAUUGGUUGAUCUCGAGAUUAUGGCGAGGUGACAGUUUGUAGGAGCGGUCCGCGGUCGGCGGACUCAGAUCAAACUCCAUAGAUGGGACAGGUUGUUGCGCGGGCGAGAAUGUGUAGUAGGAGCUCUAAACAGGCGACAUGAAAUGGCCCGACGGAUUCUUAGACGAGUAAGACCUCCGCGGUGUACCUAGAAUUCUCCUCAAUGGCGGAGCGACGAUGGGCUCUUCACCCAGCGGUGUUCCUUUGGGUACUGACGGUAGUAGGACUGAGUGACGUCAGAGCACGGAGCUUCGUUUUGGCUUCCGCUGGUGGACGUGCAUUUUUGCAGCAAACGUCUGCUUUUCCUGGUGAAGCUUCAAUUCUACACGAGCUGCGCAUUUCUCUGCAGUUGGGGGACGAAGUGUGGCCGGGAGCCUCCGAUCCUUGUUCUGCCUGGGUAGGAGUACUGUGUGAAAAUGGUCACGUCGUGGAGAUCAGUUUGUCUUCGUUGAGUCGGGCAUCCGCAAGCACUGCGUUGCCAGCGUCCAUCGAUGCCAUUCAGCACCUUCCGUAUUUGCGGUCAUUGAACGCCUCCGGAGUUUUUCGGCUGGACUCCUUGCCAGUCUGGAUAGGUGGCAUGGUUUCGUUAGAAGUAGUGGACUUCAUGUCGUCUUCAUUGAGUGGAUCCAUUCCCAGCUCCUUCGGUGAGAUUCCCAAUUUGAGAAUCCUUCGUCUGGCAGAUAACAACUUGACAGGGUCGAUUCCCUCAACUCUCGGUAACUUGGCCAAGCUCAAGGUGCUUGAUCUUGCGAGCAAUGACCUGCAUGGAAGCAUCCCCGAGAGCUUAGGAAAUUUGCGGGAACUUCAGGAGCUCAAUCUUUCCUUCAACCGUUUGCAAGGCAGCAUUCCUGUCGAACUGAGCGGUCUCCUCAGCCUUCAGCGCCUGCUUCUCUCUCACAACUUACUCUACGGUCCUCUGCCUCCGCAGCUAGCUCUGCCUUCAAGCCUGUCCCUAUUGGAUCUCAGUGCCAAUUACCUGACCGGAGCUCCGCCGAGGAUUGAGCAGCCAAACGCUCGGGCGCACUAUCGCGAUAAUUGCUUCUCACCUCCUCUUUCCAGCGGUCAGCGGUCAGUGUCGGAUUGCCGCAGCAUGCUGAAGGCCAGGGGCUUCAACAGGCAGAGGAUUCUCCAGGAUUUGCUGCAGUUUCCGCCGAACAACACUUCAUCGAACGACAGUCAUCUCGCAGCCAUCUUGGGAGGAGUCUUUGGGGGCCUCGGGCUUAUCUUACUGGUUGCGGUCCUGGUUUUCUACAUUAUACAACACGAGCGCAAAACCGAAGCCCGCAGGAGAGCAAAACGCGCAGCGCAGCAGAGAGCUACGUCUGGAAUCAAUGGAAUAAAGCCAUUGGGGGGAAGGUCUAUAAACGUCACCCGCCUCGGAGAAGCGUUUACCUACUCGCAGCUGCAGCAAUCCACUGGCCAGUUUGAUCUCUCUAACAUGAUUAUGGCCGGACACACCGGUGAUUUGUACAAGGGCGUGAUAAAUGGCAAUGUUCAUGUCGUUGUCAAGAGAAUCGACGUGAGCAGGUUCAAGAAGGAUAUGUACAUUUCGGAGCUGGAAUUUUUCGGAAGGGUUUCUCACGCCAGGCUGGUUCCCCUUUUGGGUCAUUGUUUAGAUCGCGACGAGGAGAAGCUUUUGGUUUACAAGUACAUGCCCAAUGGAGACUUAGCUUACGCAUUGCAUCGAAAAGACAGCCCAAGUCGCCCGGAAGAGGUGCUGCAGUCGCUCGACUGGAUUACACGGCUGAAAAUCGCUAUAGGAGCUGCUGAGGGCCUCGUCUAUCUCCACCAUGAAUGUUCACCUCCCCUUGUCCACAGGGAUGUUAAAGCCAGCAGCAUUCUCCUCGACGACAAAUUCGAGGUCCGACUAGGAAGCCUAACGGACGCUAGAGUACAACAAGGGGAACAUCAUUCUGGCGUCAUCUCACGUUUCCUGCGUCUCUCGAGGUCCUCAGAGCAGAGUGAUAUUGGUUCUUCAGGUUCGCCUAUUGCUUCCUGUUCGUACGACGUCUUUUGCUUUGGAAAAGUAUUGUUGGAGCUGGUUUCCGGGAAGCUGGGAAUAAGUGGAUCUAUUGACCCUGGAGCAGACGCCUGGCUAGAUUGGGCACUGCCACUCAUUGACAUCCAUGAUAGGGAGCCUCUAAGUAAGCUUAUGGACCCAUCACUCAUUGUGGACGAGGAUCUUAUGGAGGAAGUUUGGGCUACAGCCAUUAUUGCUAAGUCAUGCCUCAAUCCGAAAUCUUCAAGGCGGCCAAAUAUGAAACAUAUACUCAAGGCACUCGAAAAUCCUCAAAAAGUUGUCAGAGACGAUCACUCUGGGCCUCUCAAGUCUAGGCAUUCCUCAUAUGGCUCAUGGAACUCGGCCCUAUUCGGUGGAUGGCGACACUGCUCAUCAGAAAGUGUAUUUGGAUUUCCUGGCUCGCUGAGAGAGGAGCAUUCUUUUGAGCAACAUCCGAGGAUGCCACCGUCAGGACCUGGGGAGGAUUCCAGGCAACACAGAAGACCUGGAUCUAGAGAAAUCUUUCCUGUACCAGUAGCACUUCCUUUACCUCCCAACCAGGAAUCUGAUGACACAGGUAGUUAGUAGAAAUUACUCCUGGUCGCGUUCCGCUCUCUAAAGAAGAUAUGGCUCUUCAUCAGCGCCUUCUGGUAUUGAAAAUGGUGACAGGAGAUCGCUGCAGUUGAAGUGAGGUAGUGAAUGAACGAUCCCUCCAUGGAGCUCAUGCUGGGCCAAAAGGGAUUCGCAGAGCAUGAGUCUGCUCUGUCCUUGCAGCCACUUGACUGUUAUAUUCAGCACUUCCAGACAGAUGGGCAGUGGAGUCAAAGGAAAGGGCACCCCAUGAAGGUUACCAAUGGAAGCGGUCAUUCGAAGCAGGCGUCUCAUCAGCUUAACUUCAUCAACUGGGAUCGUGGCCUCGCAAAAUUUGCUUCCAGGUGGACGAAAACUUACAACUGGUAAAUGCGAUGCCUCACAGCCAUGGCUGUUUACCUUUGAGGUGCGUUGAAUUUGAGCAAAGCACCCGUUCAUUUUUCAAAAGGAAAAAGAGCUCGAUGGCACAGUUUGCCAUCACGCCUCCUUCCAUUUGGACAUUUGAAAUAGAGAUGAGUACGAUGGAUAAAUCAAAAUCUAGGUUCAGUCAAUUACGGAGAUUUUAACCCUUCGAGGCCAAAUGGUGAUAAGUCUACAAAAUCUGAAGCAGAGACUGAACGUUUCUGCGCAUCUUCUGAUUUUUUGAGCUGGAGAUGAAGUAAGUCUAGAUUAGUGGCAUGCCCGGGCACUUCUUGCUGUCAUUUCGGAGUGUCUGUGGUGUAUAUAAUUGAUGAUGCUUUGGCAAACCAGAGCCAAACCUAAAGAAGCGGAGGUCUGCUUUCAGUGACGUGAGUGAGUGAGUGAGAGAGAGAGGUUCAGCUGAUUGGCGAGGUUUUCACCUCUCAUGGCUGACACUGACCAAUUUGCCGAAGCAAACGGGUCUUGACGUCAUAUACUCAGAUGUAUCAUAAUAUGAAAAAGAGUGGUUUGAGUCGUAUAAUAAAGUCAAGACCCAGUUGGUGCUUGUCCAAG